AUGGUGAAACUUGCUGAGCAGCUUCAGCGUGUUGGUUUUGAUAUGUCCCAGCUUGAAGGAGGGGCUUCGAAGUUACAAGACAUGAAGGCCAAAAACUUCGCUUUCUGGAGAACUCAACCUGUACCACAGUUCGAUGAAGAAAAACCAACGAAUGAGAAUAAUUUCAUUGAACCCGACUUACCUCCAGAAAAGAUUCGACAUGAGCCGUAUUCCUUACCAGAUCCAUUUGUGUGGAGUGACGUAAAUUUGAAUGAUGAAAAACAGCUCCAGGAACUAUACACUUUACUUACCGAGAACUAUGUUGAGGAUGACGACAACAUGUUUCGUUUCGAUUAUUCGGCAGCUUUCUUGAAGUGGGCUGUGCAAAUGCCUGGAUGGCUGCCACAGUGGCAUUGCGGGGUGAGGGCAAAACAAAGUGGACGCCUUCUGGCAUUUAUAGCUGCAGUUCCGCAGACGAUUCGAGUGUAUGAGAAAGAGCGUCCUAUGGUGGAAAUCAAUUUCCUAUGUGUUCAUAAGAAGUUGAGAUCGAAAAGAGUAGCACCAGUUCUUAUACGUGAAAUUACAAGGCGUGUCAAUCAGCAAAAGAUCUUCCAAGCGGUAUAUACGGCAGGGGUUGUUCUCCCUAAACCUGUUGGAGUAUGUAGGUAUUGGCACCGUUCUCUGAAUCCGAAGAAACUCAUUGAUGUGAAAUUUUCGCAUCUCUCGGCAAAAAUGACAAUGGCACGCACGAUCAAAUUGUACAAGCUCCCUGAUACACCGGUAACAGCCGGAUUGCGGCCACUCGAGAAGAAGGACGUUUCCUCGGCUUGGAAGCUUUUGUCUGAAUAUCUGAAGCAAUUUUCACUAGCUCCCGUCUUCACGAAGAAGGAGUUCGAACACGUAUUCACUCCGAUCGAGGAUGUAGUCUAUACUUACGUGGUAGAGACUGGAGGAAAAGUGACAGAUAUGCUAUCAUUUUAUUCUUUGCCGUCAUCAGUCAUGCAGCACCCGGUACAUAAGAGCAUUCGAGCGGUAUAUUCAUUCUACAACGUCGCCACAACUAUUUCUUUCAAGCAGCUCAUGAAUGAUGCUUUGAUUCUCGCUCACAAACUAGGUUUUGAUGUGUUUAAUGCAUUGGAUCUCAUGCAAAAUGCUUCAAUUUUGGAAGAACUCAAGUUUGGUAUUGGUGAUGGUAAUCUUCAGUACUAUCUUUACAAUUGGAGGUGUCCCGAUAUGAAGCCUGAGCAGAUUGGACUUGUUUUACAGUAG